UUUUACCUGACUGCUUAAGGUGAUCAGAUGUUUUAACUUAUACCAGUCCGUUCAGGUGUGUUUACCUGUGCCUCUGUUAUACCUGACUCCUCUGCGGACAAUUGCACUUGUAGAGAAAACCCUUGAUCCAGGAAUAACUCUAAUUACAAGCUGAGGAGAAUUUCAACUCGACAUCGCUGUAUAAGUCCAGGUAUCUCAAUCUAUUCUUCUUGCGUAUAAUUGACAUUUUUUCUUGAGGAGCGUUUCAUUCCCGCCUGCCGUCUCAUGUACCUGUGUUUAAGGACCCUUUUAAUAGGAGUGUGUUGAUUACUUAGGCUAUCACAGCCGACAUUUUCACCUGAGACUUCUCCAGGUAAUGAGGAAGCCUUAGCUAAAGGCUGUCAGAGCUACCUAAAUGAGAAGAACAGGUUGGUCAACUGCAGAUACAUUCCUGACUACAGCUGUCAUACAUGCUGGGAGCUGUUGACUCCAAUGAUACUUAAGUAGAUAAUUGACAUAUCGUCACUAUCAUGAAUUUGUUAUGCCCGGGGAGACAAUACAGCAAAGCUUCAGGUAAACAGUGGAUUUCACCUGUGAGCUCAGGUAACUGAGAGGGUUGAUUACAGGUACGCUGACUCACCCGUGUUACCAACCAAUGGUUGUAAGUAAAUGUCAAACAGCGUCAAGAUCUGUCGUGAUCUUUCAAAUCCGUCCGUUUUCUCACAAGACUUGCGACCUGACCAGGAUGGUUCCCAGGACCCUGUGAGUAAGGAAGAGCAUCGUGAGGGUGAACCAGAGCGGGGCUGAUCAAGGAGAUUCUCAGCAUCCCCUAGGGCAGAGGUGGACAUAGCAGGGAGUUCAGCAGAUGUUGACACCGUCACAAUGAUAGGAUCCGAUCGAAGGCGCACCAAAGCACGUCAGCAAAGUCAGGAUGUCAAAUCUGACACCAUGGGCGAAAAUUCUCAGCUGACAGAACAUGUCCGCCACAGACGUGGUAGACAGGAAGCUGUUGUCAGUGACAGCAGCUCUGCACAUAGUGACAGCAGUUCCAAUUUGGAGGACAGUUACUCUAAAACUUACAAACUCUCCGAAAAUGACUUAGGAUAUCAUUUGGAGGAAAUCCCUUCCAGAAAGUUAAAGCUUUCCCAAGAAGAGCCAUUUUACAUGGGUCACUCUGAAGAUGUCCACUCAACCAAGGAAGAUGUGGUUGACAGUGACCUUGGGAAGUACUCCACCAAGGUCAACAAAGUGCCAUCUGGUGUCAUGAGGUUAGCACAUCGUCAUGGUAAUCGACUAUCCACAUCAAACACUAACCUUGAGAAAAGUGGACUUGACCCUAGGGUCUACAUUCCAGCGGGGAGAGUGAGUUCACGACAGUCAGCCUUUGAGGAGAAGGUAAAUAGCAGCAGUUCACCCAGCAGACCUACCCUGACUCGAUCCAAUUCCAAGCCCCUUACAGCCGACAGUGUGAAAUUCAGACGUAAUCUUGAGGCCUGGGGUGAACGAUCUGAGCUACAGCACAAGAGUCAGAAGUGUGAAAGCAUUGCAGAUUUACGCACAGUAGAUCUCUCGCGUCAAAACCGAUCAGGCAGUCAAAGUUUUGUUGAUGCCAAACUAAGUUCUGCCAAAUCCAGUGCGACCUUGAACAGAACAGUGAAUCUCAAGGCAGAUGUUGGAGGACUCGUUAGUCGCUGGGAAUCACGGCAGACAUUCACAGAAGAUGAUAAAAUCUCUUCUUUGAAGACACCAUCAGGAGUUGUUGUCACCAGUCACUCACUCAGCAUUCCUAUUGUGACACGACCAGUUUCGGAAAUUCGUCAGCGGAUUCAGCCAAAAUCGACCCCAGCUCCACAACGCACCGUUCUUGGCAAACCUGGAUUUAGCGAUGUUAGAAAACAGUGGGAAUCCCAGUCUUCAGAUUUGGAUGUGAAACUGAUGCGCAGUCGAAGCAAAUCUCCUCUACGUACAUCUCGAUCUCGAAGCAGUUCGGAGAUUUCAAAGAAAAUGGUGUCACGGUCACAGGGGUCAGAAGAUGUUACCUCCACAGCCAAAACCGGUGUUGCCAACAGCGUGGAGGAUUACAACAUUGGUCAGCUAAAACGAUCAAAAUCCAGUGAAUGUGAAAAGGAUAAAAUAUCCCGAACAAAUAAAUGUGACAGUGAUGUUCCUGUUCAGAGUGACAUUGGCAAUGUCAAGUGUGACAGUGAUAUCUCUAUUCCCAGUGACGCUGGCAAUGCUAAGUGUGACAGCGAUUCUGGAAAUAUCUCUGUGGAUAGUGAUUUGGUGAGUAUAUCCACCGACAGUGAGGUAGUGAGUAACCCAGUGGAAAAUGAGUUUGUAAAUAACAACAUUGACAGUGAGUUUGUGGUGGACAGAACUGAAAAUGAGUUUGUGAUCGACAAAACUGAAGAUGAUUUUGAAACGAGCAAAGUUGAAAAGGAGUCUCCUAUGAUUGGCAAAACUGAGAAUGAUGUAAGACCUGUUGGAGUGGAUUUUAAUGUAGUGAAUAAAUCUGUUGACAGCGGAUUUGUGAAUAUGUCCUCCGAUGUAGAGAGCUUUGACAAUAAGUGUGAUCAUAAUGAUACUGAAGUCUCCAGAAACAAUGACUCUAUGAACAAAAGACGUAAAAACAUAGCAGAACGAGAAAAAAUAGAAAGAGGUCAGCAGAUACAUCAGGAAAAUCAUGUUUCAACUAAAGAGUCGGUUGGGAAAAAAAUUAACAGGAAAUUUGGCUAUGGGAGUUAUGAUGAUGACAAAGUGAACAGUGUCGCUGAUCAGAAAGAGGCUUUCGUAGACAAUGUUUCUGAUAGGAAAUCUAGGAGUACUAUCAAGCCGAUGAAUCUAGAAAUAGAGACGUCUGAAAAAGAGUCUGUCGGUAAAAAAAUUAACAGAGCGUUUGGCAGAAAGUUUAGAGAAAGAUAUGAAAGUAGUGAAUUAGAUAAUGAAAUGUGGAAUGUAGAUGUGGAGUCAGAAGAUAGUGUAGAAUUAAGAAAUAAAGCAAGUAACAGACAUGACAGUGAUGCAGACAGCAAAGAGUCAAUGGGAAAAGAGUCAGUGGGCAAAGCAGUUAACACUACAGUAAAUGAUAAACCACAUAGUGAAUUUGAAAAUAAGGAAAUGGACAAUAAAAAUUUACACAGAGACUAUUUUGAAGAACCCAAGCCUGGUGGAGAAAAAGGGAAAAUAAAUCCAGAUAGGAAAAUGGGGAAUGCUGUUUCCAGGAGAGAUAGGGGAUAUGAUAAAGCAGAUAGGGAAAUAGGGAAUGCUGUUUCCAGUAGAGAUAGGGGAAAUGAUAAAGCAGAUAGGGAAAUAGGGAAUGCUGUUUCCAGGAGAGAUAGAGGAAAUAAUAAAGCAGAUAGGGAAAUAGGGAAGGGUGAAGUUAUUAUGGAAGAGAGAAACGAAAACUCAAAUAGUGAUGCAGAAACCAAAAACCGAUUACCAGCUGUUGUGGAAAAUAGUAAGGCAAGUAAAGAUUUGGUGAGAGAAAACAAUGACAUUUUCGUAGCUGAGAGGCGAAAAGAGGUAGAAUCAGACAGUGCUGACUUUGGUGCUGACAGGAAAUUAGCAAAUGUUGGAGCUGAGAGUAAAGUAGUGGAAUUCAAGUGUAACACUGACAAUGUACAUCUGAAUGAUUCAUACAAUGGAGGAGGAGUUAAACACAGAUUUGAAGAAAAACUAGGACGAAAAAAUGUGGUCAUGGAGGAAAACUCGCGUCAUGCUAGAAAUGGCCGAGAUUCGACCACCAUUCCGCCAGUGAUGGCGCAGCUAAAUAAAAGUGUGCAUAGCACGGAAAAAAAAAGAGACACCAUUCUUCAAAAGCUCGAGGACAAUGAUGAUGAUGCAAAGACUAGCAACCGUAAAGUGAUACAGAAAAUCGGAUUUAAGGACAUACGUAAUCGCUGGGAGGACAAAAGUCUUAGGGAAACAGCGCCUUCUGUGAAACAGCAGGCACAGGGAGAUGAAUCUGCAGUUCGUAUGAGAGCCGAUAUGAAAAAUAGCAAAACCAUAAAGUCCGCUCCGCCUGUCAAGCCGAAGCCUAGGGGAAGGGAAUGUAGUAGUGCGGAUUCUGCUGAACAUGAACCCAUGAACUCCCAUGAACCCUCUACGCCAACAGCCAGUUGUCAUGAAGACCAAUUACAGAGUGACCAAUCUGAAAGACACCCAGAAACUUCAAGUUCGUCAAGCGACGAAUCUGGAUGUGAAGAUCAUGAUGAGGUGUUUGCUCAAAGUCUUGAAGAAGACAAAUCUGUGUCGAAUAAAUCAGUAGACAUUAGUUCCAAGGAGAAAAAAAAUAAGUCUUCUCCAGCUGUGACCUGCACAACUGUGCAUGCAAAGGUCAUUAAAAUAGAACCUGAUAGUCCUGCAGGUGCAAAGACAGAAAAGGGAAAACCAUUGUCUCGUUCAAACAGUGGUACCUGGUCUGCUAAAAAGUGUGUAACAUACACAGCCAAGGUGACCUACACACAAAAGGUUGUUAAUCACCGUGACAACAAAGGUCAAAGGUCUCAAGAUACCAGUGCAUCAUCUUUGAAGAAAUUUUCACGGCAAUCAUCAGAAACAUCUGCUUCAAAGACAGAAAAGAACGUCCAAGAUUCAAUGGCAAAUAAUUCAGUCGAAAAUUCAGAGAAAUCAAAAGCCCGAAAUCGAACCACUGUCGGAUCAAGUCCAUCCAAUCAGCGUGGAUCUCCUGCAAGGCACGGUGGACCUCCUGCAAGGCAUGGUGGACCUCUGGUCAAGUCGGUGGAUACGACAUCACCCACAGACAGAGGAAUGAAACUGAGGCUCCCAAAGUCACCAAGCCUGUCUGGAAGUCGACACUCAAGGUCAAAUAUUUUGUCUCCAACAAGUCCAACAGCUUCAAGGUCAAAGCAUACGAAGGGCUGUGCACCAGAACUGGUUAAAACCAGACAAAAUUUGCGCUCCACAAAGUCAAGCAGUGAAGAUGGAUCUAAGCAAGUUGAACAUAACCCCAGCUCGGAGAAAACUGAAAGGACAAGGAAAGAGAGAAAUGUGCCAAGUGUCUUUGAGAGAUUACACAGCAAUUUACCUGCACGGAAAUCAUUAAGUGUACGGGAUUUGCGUGAGAAGGAACCCUCCAAUGUGAAGCUACAAAAAUCUCCCUCCAGAUCUUCUCUUCGGGGUUCUUUUAGGUCAUCAAAGUCGAAAAGACUCUCAGAAGAUGGGGUAUCUGGGAAAAGGCUUUCAUCUGGUAGUCAGGCAGAUGAAAAGUUGAGUAGUUCACAAGUUGAUGUUAGAUCUGCACUUAACAAGUCUGCUGACAUAUCCCUGGAUAUUCCUAGUGAUGAAAAUGUGAUGAAUGUUCUGUCCAAUAGUGUUGAAAAUUCAGUGGAUCCUGCUUCAGAAAGGUUGAGGGAUACCACUGAAAACUCAUUGAAUAGUCAGUUGGGGGAAAAUAUAUCAGAUGAAAGUAGGUGUGGUGAAGUCUCAAAUGAUACUCAUUACGAUGUUAAUCAUUGUGAUGAAAAAGUGACAAGUGAAAAAUUGGGUAGAAAUACUGACAGCCCUGUUGCUAAAUCUGCUGCUUCCAGCAGAAGGUCAAGACGACCAUUUCACGAAUCUGUCAAUCAAGAAAAUGCCAUAACCAAUCAAACUGAGCCUUCUGAAAAUGAAAAUGAGGUUCAUAUUAGACGUGCUAGGGGAAGAAUUUCAUCGAAAGAUACGGAUUUACCAAACAGCACGCAGCAACAGGAUGAGACACCUGUUGUUCGAGAACGUCGUUCGAGACGCAUAAUGGAAACAGGUGGACGAAGCCGAUCAACUAACGGAUCCAUUGCAUCUACAUCCAGUAGCACAGAUCUCCCACGAGGUUCUCGCUCCACAGAAGGAGGGAAACAAAACCAAGGAUACCAACAAAAAAUUGUGAACAUAGACUUUGCCAGUGAACAAAGCAGCCUCCCUCAGAAUGGCAGCGAUCAAGCUUCCAAGGUGGCAGAAUCUAGUCCAGCAAAGCCCAAGGUCAGGGAGGUCCCACCAGAGUUCAUCAUCAAACCCAGAAGACAGUUGGGGGAUGAAGGAGAAACUGCCAGGUUCAAGGCUUCAUUUGAUGGUAGUCCAGAGCCAGAGUUAUCCUGGGAAUUCAAGGGGAAAGCUCUGGCAAACGGCAGCAAGUAUAAGAUUUAUAAAAAGGACGACUUCCAUUUCCUGGAAGUCCAGUCAUUGGUUAUGGAAGAUGCUGGAAAAUAUACCUGCUUUAUUCGUAACUCGGCAGGUGAAGCCUCAAUGGCAGCCAACCUGGAAGUCUUUGAAAAUCCCAAAUCUACCAAAUCCAAGUCCUCUCCGCCUGUUUUUGAGACAGAACUGAAAGAUGUGGUUGCUAAAGAAGGAGACAGAAAUGUCUGCUUGGAGUGCAGGGUGAAAGCUGCUCACGACUGUGAAGUGAAGUGGUAUUGUGACGGAGAGUUAUUAAAAUCUGGAAGAGACUUCCGUCUUGGUUUUGAUGGAAGUUGGGCAAAAUUACAUUUUUACGACUUAAAAGCUGAUUUUGGAGGCUGUUACGAAUGUGUCGUGAAAAAUGCUGGUGGAGCAGCCAAAUCAUCGGCUACUCUUACAGUUGAAGCGGCACUCCCGAAGUCUUUCCCACCAAAAUUCACCCAACAACUGAGAAGUCAAACAUUGGAGGAUGGCCAAAGGUUGAUUUUCCAUGCCAUUGUGACAGGUUCUCCGCAGCCAUCAAUAAAAUGGUUCCGUAACUCCCGUGAAAUUACUGCCACGGAAGAUGUCAUGAUCUCAUUUGACGGAGCAAAUGCCAAACUUCAGAUUGAGGAUGUCUUACCAGAAGACAGCGCAGAUUUCAUGUGCUUGGCUCAGAAUGAGGCUGGAGAAGCCCGAACUAAAGCUACCCUGACAGUCAUGGCCAAUGAAUCUGCUGCCCCGUCUGAGGUUCGCAAGGAGGCCCCUCGAUUUUUGAGAGAAUUGAAAAACAUUGAAGUGAAGGACGGAGAACGUGUGGAGAUGGUUGUUGAAGUCGAAGGUACCCCUCCCAUAGACGUAGUCUGGGUGCGAAACAACAAGGAAAUUCCUGCGAAUAGCCCCGACUUUGUACAAACUUCGAAAGGCAAUGUUCACAGGCUAGUCAUAGAGGAAGUGUUCCCAGAGGACUCUGGGACUUAUUCCUGUGAGAUUUACAACGAUUUUGGUGAUACUGACUCACAAUGUAAACUCACUGUCCAAGAUGCCGGAGAAGCUCACAGUGCCCCUGAGUUCAUUGUAAAGCCGAAAACUGUCCAGACAGAGGAAGGCUGCCCCGUGACCUUCAGCUGUCAGGUCAAGGGUAACCCCACCCCCACAGUAGAGUGGGAGAUAAACGGGAAAGCUGUGGUUCCUGGGAGGAGAGUCCGGGUGAGCCAGCAGGGAGAAGAUCACCGAUUGGAUAUUCCUCAUAGCAUAUGCGGUGACUCGGGCAGAUACACCUGUGUGGUGUCCAACUCGGAAGGCACCAUCACUCACACAGCAUCGCUGAAUGUGACACCGACAGCUAGCACCGACUCACAAGAACAGACAGACUUCAGAUCUGUGCUGAAAUCAAGGCCAGGGCUGGCGAGUAUUGGAUCUCAAGACAGCACAGAAUCAAUCCAGUCCGUCCAAUCAGAAAAAUCGGACAAGGGCGAAGUGGAACAGCAUGACUUCCGUAAAGUCCUGACACGCCCAGUUGAAACCAAACGACGACCAAAGUUCAAAACCCUUCUGCAAGAUCAGAAAACAAAAGAGGGAGGGGAGGUCACUCUUGAAUGUGAAGUCAAAGGAGUUCCUCCGGCAACCAUUUCUUGGUCUGUAGGCGGGAGGCCAAUAAAGGAAUCCAAAUACUUCAGGAUGAGUUAUGAAGACAACAUUGCCCAUCUGCUCAUCGCUGAGGCUUAUCCAGAGGAUGAGGGCGAGUACACCUGCACAGCCGAGAACGUCGCAGGCUCCGCCUCUUGCUCUUGUGACCUCUAUGUCGAAGAAGCGGCUUCUGAUAGCGAUGGUAAACUGAACACCACAAAGUCAUCAGACCAGGUGGAGGCUCCUAAAAUCAUUGAAUUUGAACCUGUCAACAUCUCCAUCAAGAAGGGAAAGACGGUGAAAAUCAGAAGUCGAUUUUCUGGUGAACCAGCUCCUAAGAUAAUGUGGUUCCAUAACAAGUCCUCACUUAAAGCAGAUAACCGUGUAAAAAUUGAAACCAGACGUGACGUUUCUACGGUGACUGUCACAGACAUCCUACCCAGCGAUGGAGGGAAAUAUAUCCUGGUGAUUGAAAACAUUGCAGGAUCACAAGACGCCGUUGCCUCUGUUAAUGUGGAAGAUGUGCCUAAUCCACCCGCUGGCAAACCCCAUGUGUCUUCUGUGACCAAAACGUCCAUUAUUUUGACUUGGUAUGGUCCAGCAUAUGAUGGAGGUAGUCAGAUCACAAACUACAGAGUGGAAAUGUGCAAGUGUAAAGAUCAGAUGUGGAAAACACUGACAUCCACCUGUAAGAACACAAGUUACCAGGCUAUCAACCUAACCCCUGACACGGAGUAUCAGUUCCGUAUUAGUGCCGGGAACAAACAUGGCCUCAGUGACGCUGGUCAGGUGUCUGAGCCCGUUGUAACGACAGAAAAUUACGAGCCCAAAUCAGAGCCCGAGUCAGAAGAUAUAAUACCAAGCUUAUUACUCGCCUAUGACGAGAAAGAUGAGCUUCCAUUCGAACCUCGCGACGUCAAAGUCAGGACUGACACAUUGUUUGAGGAUGAGUACGAGCUUAAAGAAGAACUGGGAAAAGGAAAAUUUGGCAACGUCCAUCGUUGCAUUGAGAAGAACUCCAACUUGUGCUGGGCGGCCAAAAUCAUCAAGUGUCGCGACAAAGAAAAGCCGACUAUUCGCCAGGAGAUUCAGGUGAUGAAUUCAUUGAGGCAUCCCAAACUGCUGAUGUUGUGGGACGCCUUCGAGAGCCCCAAAACCAUGGUCCUAGUCAUGGAAUACAUCGCUGGUGGAGAAUUGUUCGAGCGUAUCAUCGACGAUGAUUUUAUGCUGACAGAACGCGACUGCGUACACUUCAUGCGCCAGAUUUGCGAUGGGGUUUGCUACAUGCAUGAUCACAAUAUUCUCCAUCUUGACCUUAAGCCCGAGAACAUCCUGUGUAUUUCCCCGAGCUCAAACCAAAUUAAAAUCAUUGACUUUGGAUUGGCAAGGCCUUACCAUCCAGGGGAGAGCACCAAAGUCAUGCUAGGCACGCCAGAGUUCAUUGCCCCUGAAGUUAUAAACUACGAUGAAAUAGGCUUUACCACCGACAUGUGGAGUUUAGGCGUCGUCUGCUAUGUACUCUUGUCUGGGUUAUCUCCCUUCCUUGGUGACAGCGACCCAGAAACUCUAGUCAACGUAACUCUUGGAGAGUUUGACUUCGAUGAUGACUCCUUCAAUGACAUUUCAGAUGAUGCAAAAAAUUUCAUCGAGAGACUGGUGUUGAAAAACAAAGAAAAACGAAUGACAGUACAUCAAUGUUUGAAGCACAAAUGGCUGGCACAGGACGUGAAGCGGCUUCGUCUGAAGCGCCUCAACACGCGUAACCUGAAGCAGUUCAUGGCGAGACGCAAAUGGCAGGUGGAUCAAAUGCAGGAGAAUUUCCGCAAACUGCGAGAGGACCAUGCAGACGACAGCGAUUCUGAAAUCGAGACAAAACGCCGCACUUUGACAUCAGCGCACUCUAAGGACUCUGGUAUUGACACCUAUAAGGACAAGGACUCGUACAGUUCAAUGACGGACUUGUCCGCUGGUGGAGGAGCACUGGAAUUCCUUCAGCAAAUGGAGGACAUGGAAGUUGUCAGUGGCGACGUGGUUCUCUUCAAAGUGUGCGUGACAGGAAGACCCGAACCGACCAUCACCUGGUUUAAAGGCAAAUCCGAGAUCACCCCUAGCCGACGCUGCAUAAUGGACUCUACCGACGGUGGUGAGCACACGUUGAAAAUCAAAGACGUUACGCCUGAAGACGCCGGCGAGUACAAAUGCUCUGCGGUAAACGCGACAAGUCAAGUGAUGUGCGCUGCCAAUAUGACGGUGGUCAGCAUUUAGACGUGUAAAUAAUAAGACACCCAUGAUAAGAACGACCUCGGGCUAAACGCCUUGGAGGCCUGUUCAUAUUUAAAUUUUUAUGAAAUAAUUUAAUGUAUUAUAUUUGAAGUCACAGUCUCGGUGGUAUAGUGGGCAAUACGAUAAUAUGCAAAUAUGGAUGUGUUCAACAGAAAGAUUGCCUGUUAAAAUGUUGUGUUUUUUUUUUUCCUAUUUUGGAGACGGAGAACAUACCUUAUGUUUGUAGACUUCCAAGAUAAUUGAAUCUAAACUGUGAUAACGACUUGAUUGGUCAGUUGAUUCUGGCCAAUGAGUGAAGACUUGGCCCACCGGAUGUGUCUCAUGAUUCACAAGGACAAAUUCUAUUGGUGCUUAUUUGCAAAACCGGGGGUGGGAGUUUAACAUGUAAAGUCUCAUUAAAGGGAGAAAACCUUGCAUAAAAGGGAAGUAACCCUGUCAACGAAAGUGCCUUUCGGUUUUUACCCUCACAAGUGACACCCCAUAUUUUGUCGAUACCUGAAAAACUUUGUGUGUUCAUGUCAGGCUUUUGAAUGUAUCUUUUUAUCCAUUUUUUUUUUACUUUUUGAAACAUUUUUUUAAUAUUGAUCUAUGCAAUCUUCUCUUAUUGACUCUAGCUAGUGAUGUGGAUGGUAGCUUGAAGUGACUCUUUCUGUGUAAAUGUUACUGUACGGUGUAGGAAACAACCCCAUUUUUCUUAACCUUUUUUUUUAAAUCCCAACAGUUCGUGUGUGCCAUGCGUGUUGCCAUGGAUACUCCAAACAUGUCGAGACGCUUAGAUCUUGUCAGGACUUGCCCCAACGUGCUAAGCUGUAAUGUAGAUGAAAAACUGUAGAAAAAAAAAAUGUCCAAACGUUGAGGAUUUCCUGGCAACAUCGAAUGUUAACAACUUUUCGAAACAGACCCUCAAAUUUGACACCCUGACUUGUCACGGCAUAGUUUGGAUUGGUUCAUGGCAUCGUCGCAAUUUCCCCUGGCGAUCUGCUCGCGCAGUCGCAAUAUCUGCCCACAGCUAUACUGCGCAAUAAAGCUGCAGAUGGAUUUGUCAUCCUGGUUUUCUUUUUUUUUUUGCUUUUUGGGGUUUUGUUUUUUUAUUUUUUUUAUUGAAAAAAAGGCAAAAAUUUUGUAGAUAUUUUGUGAGAUCUGUAUAUGUUAAGUUGUAGUAAUUUAAUGAUGUUAGUUGUUAUUCCGUCGAGGAAAUUUCACAAUACUGUGAUCAGAUAUUAUAGGCCUUUUAUCCCGUCUAAUAUAAUAGUAAUAAUAAUAAUAAAAUUUUGUUUUAUAUAUUUAUAUAUAUAUAUAUGUAAACCGCAAAUAUAAGGUUGUGGAUAUUAACAAUACAUUUUAAGCAUAAAUGUUCAACUGUAGUCACCGGAUACGCUACGCUUUGGAUUGCCUCUCCUCUUGAGGAUUUCUGCUUUUUGUGGUAAAAUUUAAAAUAUUAUUACUCCCGUUUUUUUUUUUCACUUUUUUUUGAUGUUUGUUUUAAACCGGGCACUGUGAAAGACCGUCAUAGCAGCAUCUUAUGUUCCGUGAAGUGUUUAUACACUAUAUAGACUUUUUUUUUUUUUUAACUAUUCAAUUUUAUAUUUUAAUUUUCUAUGGAGUUUUACAUGUUUGUCGCAUUGUGGUUGUGUUCACUAGUGUAGAAUUUACCCAGGUCUUCACAUGCCCGGCAUCUGCUUGUUUCUUACACUGUACAUCGUCCUCUAGCAAAAAUAAAUGCAUUAUUGCUUUA